AACCCCUUCAGAUUUUAGGUGAAGAAAUGCUACAUGGUCCAUUCAGCAUGCCUGUUUUCAGGUCACUGUCCAACAUGUCCCUGUGGGAUCCUGUGACAGUUUUAUGGAAAACUCACACCUUUGACUCCGGGGUAAAAGGAAGUUGUGUAAACAUGUGGAGAGGCCAUUUCUUUGAAAUACAUGGAAGAUGCUUCUUUUUCCAGUAGUAAAUAUCAAUGGGAUGCACAUCCAGGACAAAAUUAAAUGGAGCGGAAUUCUUCUCUUCAGGUUGAAGAGAGUGCAAUCAGCUUGUGGAACUGGACUGUGACCAAACACACGGGUGCUGUUAUCAAUGAUGAGCAAAGAGCUAAGUUGCGGUUUGUUGCUUGCAGACUGAUUUGCCUUUGUGAAGGCAGUGAUUCUCCGGAGGGAACUAUUCGAAGACAGAUUUUGAUGUCUAUGAAAACUGGGAAAGGAUGGAUAGAUAUUGGAAAAGCUGGUCUUGCAGAUGGAUUUCUAGAGAAUGCCAUGAGUAGUAUAGAAAAGUUGUAUGCGAAGUUACGGAAUGGGAGCGAGGGUGAAGCAGAUAUUCAAGUGCACAGAGCUGAUGUGGAGAAGAGCCUUUUCAAAGUACUCUCUUACCAAGCUGAAUCAGCAGUUGCUCAAGGGGAUUUUCAGAAAGCAGUGAUGUGCGUGCAGCGCUGCAAAGAUAUGUUGAUGAAAUUGCCAAAAGAAACCUGUUACCUGUCAAUCCUCUGUUACAAUUUCGGAGUGGAAACCUAUGAAUGGAAGAGGUAUGAACAGAGCUCCUUCUGGCUCAGCCAGAGUUAUGACAUUGGGAAGAUGGACAUGAAAUAUUCUGUUGGCAAAGAAAUGCAGGCUAAAGUGCUGCGAUUGUUAGCCACGAGCUAUUUUGAGUGGGAUUGCACUCUAUACCUGGACAAGGCAUUGAAAGCCAUAAACUUGGCAAAUCAGGAGAAUUUGCAGCCGGCAGGGUUUUUUUUGAAAGUUAAAAUUCUUCUUAAAAGUGGAGCAUCAGAUGAAGAUAUCAACUCAGCUCUUGCAGAAUUCAUGCACCUUGAGAUAUCUUUAGACUUCUGUUUGAAUACUGCCAAACUGCUGCUGGAGCAUGGAAGGGAAUCAGUUGGUUUUGAUUUUCUGAGAUCUGUUCCUGAACGAUUUGAAUCUUCACCUGACCUUGGAAAAAUUACCCUGCUCCACAUUGAGUUCCUGUUGCAGAAUAAGAAGGAGCUGCUCGCUAAGCAAAAGAUUGAAGAAGUUAUUAUAGGUCAUUAUACUGGGAAACAGCUGUUGCCUGAAGCCUUGAAUCAGCUGCACAUCAUCUUGUGGGACAGAGCUGCCAAAUAUUAUGAGGAGAAAAGCUAUUCUGAAGCCCUUCACUGGUACAAUUAUUCUGUCAGCUUCUAUACACCUGGGCAGAUAGAUCAGAAUUUGGCCAAGCUUCAGAGGAACAUGGCUUCUUGCUAUCUUCAUUUGAAACAAGUUGACAAGGCUAAAGAGGCAGUUAAACAAGCAGAGAGGUGUGAUCCAAACAGCAUCUUUACUAAAUUCAGUGUCUAUAAGAUUGCAGUGAUGGAGAACGAUACUGAUAAAGCUGUGGAAGCAGUUAUUGAAAUGGGGAAGCUAGCAGAAAAGCCAUCAGAACAUGAAGACAAGCUGAGAGUGGAUAAAAAUACAGGCAGCAACCUCUUGAGUUUAGCUGCCCAAAUUGCUUUAGAGAAUGACCAACAAAUUGUGGCUAUCAAAGCUUUGGAGUAUUUGGCUGAACAUUUACAAGACUGCCGACAAUUAUUUACAGCCUUAAAAUGUUUGGUCCGUCUGAUGUUAUCAAAAGUCAUGGCAGAAAAUGCAGAGAAAAGAGAUGAAGAUGUCAACUCAAUACUGAAUUCCUUGAACUUGGCUCACAAGAAACUUGUUGAGUCUUUCACAGAAGAGAAAUUUACAGGGGAUAUGAGGAUCCUUGAAGCUCACUGGUUUAGAAAAGUUGGAGAUUUUGCUAAAGACCCAACAGACACGUUGUUGCUGCUUUAUGAAUUUGAAGCAAGAUCCAAACUGAAUGAUCCAACACUUCACAAUCUCAUGGAGUCAGUCUGGGAGCAACCACAAAUAGAGAUCAAGACACUUGAAAUCAUUGCAUCAUUAGCAAUGGAAGCUCCAGCUCGGUAUCCUGUACUGUGUAAGAAAGCUCUCAAGAGUGCACUAAACCUUCACAGAAAGCAGGCUGUCAUUGAUGCUGAGAAAUUUAGCAAAUGCUUACACAGUUUGAUUAACAUUUCUUUGCCGACUGGAUUGACAGACUUGGAAACCUGUGUGCUGCAGGAGGUGUGGGACUACUUUGAAGAUGCUCUGAGUGUAGUCAGCAGCACAGAUGCUUACCCAGAGAUGGAGAUCCUUUGGUUGAUGACAAGAGCCUGGAAUACAGGAAUAUUUCAGUAUACUGUUGGUAAAUACAAGGAAGCUGAGCAGUGGUGUGGAUUGGGAAUGCGUUUCCUCAAUCACUUAGGAUCUCUGAAGAAAAGCUAUGAAGGCCAUAUGUUUGGCCUUUACAGUGAGGUUCUGGACAAGCUGGACAGAGCAAAAGGAUUUAUUCCAAAUGAAGAAUAAUGACAGCCACAACUACAAAAAAAGGAAAGCAGUCUCUCUUGGAAACGUUCUGCUGAAUGAGAGGCCAUUGGCUCUGUGAAGGCACAGGGCCAUGGGAACAGUGGAAAAGAAACCAGGAUCUCCUUGUUGGCAAAAAAAGUUAUGUACUUUUUAGGAAGUGUUUAUUCAAUAAAUGUAAUUAUUUUCCUCUAGGGAAAGAUUUUCAUUCUCUGGAGCUAUUUAACAGUUAGAAAUAAAUAUUUAACUUUUAC